GCAAUGGUGUUAACAGUUUUGAGCUCACAGUGAUUGAUAGGAGGGGAAGAACUAGUUAUGUUAAAAACUAUUAAUUAAAACCAUGACCAGUAUAUAUAUUUCUUAAUCUAUGACCAUGACCAUCACGUAUCUAUGAACUAUCAUAUACAAUGGUCCUCCGUUAAGGUUAUGUUGUCAAGUGUCAGUGGCGAAAACGGUUUGUUUGUUGUUAUAAAGUUGAAGUUUUUUAUUUUACAGUUAAUUUCAAAAAAUGCUUGAUAAUAUUACAAAUAUUGAAUAACAAUGUCGUACCAAGGUUCACCUUAUUAUUCCAGUGCUGCUCAGGAAGACUAUGAAUUUGAUGAUGAAAGAUAUGAUGACGAAGAUGAUAGGGAAAACGAUGAACCUCAGGAUGAAAGCGAUGAAGAUACUGAAGAAGCAAGUGAGACUGAGCUCAGUCGUCAUGAAGAGCCAUAUGAAAUUAAAGAGCAGAUGUAUCAAGAUAAGCUAGCUAUGUUAAAGAAAAAGUUACAACAACUUAAAGAUGGUACACAUCAUGAGUAUAAUAAGAGAGUAAGAAAACUGGAAUAUCAAUAUAAAGAACGGCUUCGGUUGAAUGUUAUAUUCAGGGACUAUAUGAUAGAGUGUGUAGAACGUGAUUAUGUCAAAGAGAGAAAUGCUGCAGAUAAAGAAUUUGAAGAAAAAAAAAUUGACUUAAAAGAAAAUCUGUUAUCUGAUUUUGAAGAUAAAAGAAAAACUAUAGAAGCUGAGAGGUAUUCUUUGGAACUUACAGGAGAUUCGAUGGAAGUUAAAACUGUGUUAACACGAAAACUUAGGAGAAGGCCCAAUGACCCUGUUCCAGUUCCUGAAAAAAGAAGAAAACCACCAGUAGCUCAGAUAACUCAUUUACUAGAUGAAAAGGAAAUAGAAAAUGAUCUUAAAGUUAUUAAUAGAGGAGAAAUUCCAUCUACUUCAAAUGGCAUGCAAAACCAAAACUUGGCAAUAUCUUCAAAUGGUAAUGAUGUACCUCUUGUUGAAGCAAAAAUUGCAGAUGGAAAAUUACUUUAUGAAAGGAGGUGGUUUCACAGAGGACAAUCUGUUUAUAUUGAAGGCAGAGACAUGGCCAAGUUUCCUGCUCGUAUCUCUGCUAUUGGACAUGAAUCUAUUUGGGUCAAAAAGGCUGACAAUUCAAGAAUAAGGAUUUAUGUAGCAAGUUUAGCACGGGGAAGGUUCUCUAUCAAAAGAAGAGCUUCCUAAACGCGUCUCAUUGUAUAUCACAAAUAUUUAAGUAACUGUAUAUAUUUAAGUACAAAAGUUUUAUUUUGUUACCUUAAUUCACAAUAAAUGUUUGCUAUGAAGGAGGAA